AUGACCACAAUCAACGGUCACUGCGAUCCGGCCUUCACCGGGGUGCGCGAUCUCCUACAGCAAUUGAUCAACAAUGAAGAAGAGCUAGGAGCAUCCAUCUGUGUCAACAUCGACGGUCAAAACGUCGUCGAUCUCUGGGGCGGCCACGCAGACCCAGCGAGAACCAAGCCAUGGGAAAAGGACACACUAACCGUGGUAUGGUCCGUUUCCAAAGUAAUUACCGCCAUCGCAACCAACAUUCUCAUCGACCGUGGCCUCUUAGACCCAAAUGAGAAGGUCUCCAAAUACUGGCCCGAGUUCGCUGCGAACGGCAAGGAGAAUAUCCUUGUGUCCCAGAUCCUCAGUCACACCUCUGGAGUAUCCUCCUGGGAGCUUCCCAACACCUUAGACGACAUAUACGAUGCGAAAAGAGGAGCCGAUAAACUAGCCCGACAGGCCCCCUGGUGGACGCCCGGCGAACACUCCGGCUACCACGUAACCAACCAGGGCCACUUACUCGGCGAGCUGGUGCAUCGUGUAACCGGAAAACCGUUGGAUGAGUUCAUCCGCGACGAGCUUGCCAGUCCUCUGGCUGCGGACUUCCAGCUCGGGGUCCCAGAGAAGGACUGGCCACGAACAGCAGACGUUUCCCCGCCGCCGCCACUGAGUCUCGACGGCGUUGACCCGCAGAGUGUUAUGUUCAAGAGCUUUGCCAGUCUGCCUAUACCGGCGGAAGAAAGUAUGAGUCCUGGGUUUAGGAAGGCGUUGAUUGGUGCCACGAAUGGAUUCUCUAAUGCCCGAGGCAUUGCGCGCAUUGCGUCGGUCAUUUCGCUUGGAGGCACGGUGGAUGGAAAGCAGUAUCUCUCGCCUGAAACUAUUGACCGCAUGCUGGAGGAGCAAAUAAGUGGGCCAGAUUUGGUCUUGAUGUAUCAUUUGCGUUGGGGUCUUGGUGUUGGGUUGCCCGUCCCGGAGACUUUUCCUUGGUUGCCCGACGGUCGCAUUGCUUUUUGGACGGGCUGGGGAGGUUCAGUUGUUGUUAUGGACCUGGAGAAACGGAUGACGAUUGCCUAUGUGAUGAAUAAGAUGGGACAAGGCACGUUGGGUUCGGAUAGGACGGCGGCUUAUGUGCGGGCUGUUUAUGAUUGUCUUGCAUAG